CUCUCCUUUCUUCCGCUACAAGCAACGUGGAGACAUCACGUCGUUCUACUAGGUUAGCCAUGUCUUCUCAUCUGCAAUGGAUGGUGAUCAGAAAUUGCUCCAGCUUCCUGAUUAAGAGGAAUGGGCAAACAUACAGCACUGAACCUAACAAUUUGAAGUCCAGGAACUCAUUUCGCUUCAAUGGCUUGGUGCAUAAAAAAACUGUGGGUGUCCAGCCUGCGGCAGACGGAAAAGGCAUUGUUGUUGUGUUGAAGAAGCGUGCAGGUCAGCGCAAACCUGCAUCUUCCUAUGAGAAGAUCACCAUCAAUAAGAACUCCCGUGCCACCCUGAGCAGCCUGAGGCACAUUAUUCGCAAGAACAAAUACAGGAAGGACCUGCGCAUGGCUGCCCUGCGUCGUGCCAGUGCCAUCCUGAAGAGCCAGAAGCCUGUUGUCGUCAAAAAGAAGCGCAGCAGGGCUUCCAAGACGGCAUGAAUUGACGUAGAUGUAUACAAUAUAUGAAAUAAAAUCUCAUGGCAAAUAUAAAA